GCAAGACACACCACAUCGCCCCAAAAAGGCAAGGAUACAUUUUCCACCCCUACCAAGGAUCCAGUUCAUCCAUCCAGAUGAACUGGAAAGUUGUCCACCCUCACCAUCUAUCAUGCCACCCUCGUCCACGAGGCCACCCUCAACAGCUGCCAGGCCACCAUCAUCUGGCAGACUGCCUUCAUCAUCUGUCAAGCCAACCUUGCCAUCUGCUGGUCUGUCUGCAUCUGCCAGGCCAUCUUCAUCAUCCACCAGGCCUCCAUCUACAUCUUCUAGGCAACCGACAUCAUCAAUGAGGCCAACACCUUCCCCCAGAUCACCCAUAAUAUCACCCAUGUCAUUUCCCGCUAUUGAGCCAUCUACCUCCCACAGCAGUUCCUCUCGCUCCUCUAGCUCCUCUAGGACAUCGCUGGCCCAAUUAACUCAAGAGAAGGCUGCCAGCAAGGGAGUUUCAGCAACCGAGGCUAAAAUCCUUGAAACACUCGAGGCAAUUUUGCUUCAAGUUGAGAGGAACUCAAGGAUGCUCACCAUGCUUGUUUCGAACAAGGAAUCUUUGGAAGAGAGAGAGGAUCUACCAGAAGAAGUCGACCUUCCCUUGCCCACGUACGACUCUGCAAAGGAUUUGGAUCAGCGGCUUGCCGAAAACCAGACUCUUAAAAAAUCAUUGAUUAAGCGCCUCUCAUUGAUCGGCGGUGCCACCUUAGGAAAGGUGGUUCGAGGGAUCAUGGUUGAUCUGGUGUCAACAGCCUUGGCCACACAGUGCAAUUGGGUUGGGCAGAGAGGGCCAAAAAAGCCUUUUAGUGUUCUCAAGAACAUUUUCUCUGUGAUAAUCAAAUCAGUGCGACGAAACGGGGGGCAUGAAAAUGCCAGCCAAGAGGCAGUGCGGGAUGCAGUGUCCAACCAUCUCCGCUACAGCUUUGAUUUGGAUGGACGUGGGUCCAUCCGCAAGAAAAAAUUCAAGGAUGGAAGAACCACGGAGACCACUGCAGACCCUUCAAGUGAGCCGGACAGUGACACUGAGACAUGAAGGAGGUGUGAAGGAUAUAUUGGACAAUUUUGGCUGUUUUUGCACUUUUAGGAAAAGCCAUUCUUUUUCGUUUUUGCUUUUCUUUUGACUUGUAAAAAGGGCUUUGUGGUUUGCAGAUGAGUGUCCCUAGUCGACUGGGGCAAUUUACAUUCAACCAGUCCCAAGCAAUCUCCCUGAAGACCAGAAUCCAAUGUGUGUUAUUGAUUUACUGAAAUUGUUCUUUGUUUCUUUAUUUUAUGAGAACAACCAUUAUGUAACAUUUGACCAUUUUCUGGGUUUUUUUUUAUGUUGCCUCCGAAUUGCUUAUCAAAGUUGCCCUGUUGACAUAGGCCUUUUGGGACCUAAUUGUAUAAUAAAGAAAAAAAGGAGUGGAGAACAAAAUGUAGAAUUACAGUUAAUUGUUAAAAGAAUGUUUGACUCUUAAGUGACUAAGAAUAGGAACACAAAUUAUUGUUGUCAUUUCAAUCACUUCAUUACCUUCUCCAUUUCAGAGACAUUGGAGAAUGAAUAAGUGUAUAUUAAGUUGCAUUUAUCGUUUGUUAAACUCAUACAUGUACACUGCUUUUUCUUUUCUGCACUUUCCAGACGUCAAUUUUGUUAACAGAUAUGACUGCUUGCUGAUGUACAGAGUAUGUUAAACCAUCAAAACUGUUUGAUUAGAACAACUGAAAACACUUCAUGAAUGGAUUAUAUUUGUGGAAGAAAUAGGAAUUCGGGCUACGCAUUCAGACUUCCCUCUAUGAUUUGUUUUGCCCUUUAAUAAACAAUUGAACCUAUAUAGGUGGCCAUGUUUGUGACAAUCAGUUGUCCACGCGUCUCUCCAUAUAUGCACUGAGUAUAUACAAUGAGUUCGCCAACUAUCAAGCAGCCAGUGUCUUGCCUAGACUUGUUUUAACUCAUACUGGGGUAAUGCUGUUACAUGUUUGAAAUGAAACUAGGCCACUACGUUUGAAAUUUUCAACGUUUCACUGUUUAUAUCGUGCCUGCAAAAUUUCUAUUUCAUUGUACAUGUACAUGCGUUUUUAAGAAUA